AUGCCCAUCCCUGCUUUCCUCACCGAUGCGAUCCGGCACGUCCUUGGGGCCCUUAGGGGAGCGCCUGAAGUGGAACGGGGGACUCAGAUCUUCGCUGUAGAGUGUUACCGUACGGUCCAUCUGGGUCGCACUCCUGCCGGCGGCCCUCACCCGCUCAACGCGUCGCGCACGGCCUCCGGACUCCUCAUAUUCAUUCCUUUGCCUGACGGGAAAUAUUGCCUCUACCUUACCGCAACGAAUGACCCUGUUCAUGUUAUGCAGCCUGUUCAUGCCAUGCAGGUUGUGAGGUCAUGGGCCGUCAGACUAGUGGCUUAUGAGCCGGAAACCACGGUUGUCUGGAUCGACGAAACUUCGAACAAGGUGUUCCAGGUCAAGUUUUAUACAGUCACGACUUUCCGGUCUAUCAGAAUGAAGCUCUCUUGGGUUGCUCUCUUUGUACUCUUCCUGGUCUGCAUGAUUUGUGUUUUGGUGUCUGUGUAA